AUGAGGCAAAAAUUUCAUUCCUUUUCCCAAACAUGCAAUAUAGUGCAACUGAAGAAAGGAAACUGCAGCACUGUGUCAGAGUUCAUCCUUCUGGGGUUAUCAGAGCUCCUUUGGCUGAGCAUCUUCCUCUCCCUGGUGUUCCUUCUCAUCUAUGGAGUCACAGUGAUGGGCAACCUGGGCAUGAUCACAGUGAUCCAGGUUAGCUCUCAGCUUCACACCUCCAUGCACUUUUUCCUUAGCCACCUGUCCUUUGUGGAUUUCUGCUACUCCACCAUCAUUGUGCCUAAGAUGCUGGCCAAUAUCUUAAACAAGGACAAUACUAUUUUCUUCCCGGUUUGCAUGAUACAAUUGUAUUUAUUUUGUACUUAUACAAUCACUAAGGUCAUCCUGUUGGCUGUGAUGGCCUAUGACUGCUUUGUGGCCAUCUGUAAUCCACGACUGUACUUGGUUAUCAUGUCCUGGAAGCUGUGUAUGGGACUGGUACCUUCCUGCUAUCUCUGUGGAGCAGUGUGUUCUCUGAUUCACAUUUGCUUAGCUCUUCAGAUCCCAUCCCAUAGAUCAAAUGUGGUUAAACACUUCUGUGAUUUACCCCCUCUCUUAUUUCUUGCUUUCUCUGAUGUGUUUAUUAAUGAACUGCUAUGGUUUAUUGUGGCCACUUCCAAUGAGAUCAUCACCAUCAUGAUCAUCCUCCCCUCCUAUUUGUUUAUUCUCAUCACCAUCCUGAGGAUGCACUCUGCAGAAGGAAGGUGCAAAGCCUUUUCCGCCUGCACCUCCCACCUCACAGCCAUUGUUGUCUUCCAUGGAACAAUCCUUUUUAUUUAUUGCAGGCCCAGUUCUGACUUCAGUCUGGAAACUGAUAAAGUGGUCACAGUGUUCUAUACUGUAGUGAUUUCCAUGCUGAACCCCCUGAUCUAUACCCUCAGGAGCAAGGAUGUGAAGGCAGCUGUCAUGAAAAUCAUGGGAUUCAAAUUACUUUCUGCAGGUUUAAUUUCUUAA